AUGGCCCAAGACAUCCAGCACGUGCGGAUUGCGAUCCAGACAACCGGCCAGAACAUGCAGAUUCUCAGCGCGAGGCUCAUCUCCGUUGAAACCGACAGGGGCAACGUCAUCGAGUCAGCCGUCAAAGCCGCCUUGGACACGAAUUUGGAGUCCAUCAGUUCAAAGCUCACCCAGCUACAUGUCAAAGGUCUGCGUGCGUGGUGUCUCAUCAAGAACAUCUUGCCGAACGACCUCGCGAAGAACGUGCAGUCUCAGUUCAGCGAUGUCGCCAAGUCGUACUCCCUCAUCCAGUCGUCUGCGACGGCCGCCCGCGAUUCUACGGACACGCUCCAGGUGGCCGCCUGGAACGUCCAGACUCUGUUCGGGAGCGUCUGGGGCGACCGCGCGCAACACAAGCUGACCGCCGGCUUCCUCAAGUACUUGAUAGACAGUCUCCUGCUCCGUGGCUUCAGCUUCGAAGAGGUUGGCGAGGGCCGCGCGCGCCUUGCUGACUCGCGCGCGGAGCUCGCCCCAGACCAGAUCGGGAGAUUCGCCCAGCUCCACUUCCCCAGGCCCAUCGAGGCCUUGGGCGAGCAUCUGGCGCAGCGCCAGUGGAUGUCGCUGCAGUUUCCCGUCUGCGAGCUGGAAGCUCCAGCGCACACCCUGGAGCUCGUCGUCCCCUCACAGCUGCUCGGCUUUGUCAACGACUCAGCCAUGUAUUCGGCCGAUAUCUUCAAGGCCGUCCUCGUCUCCAUCGGGGCCUCAGGUCCGUGGGCUCCAUAUCAGGUCUCUGUGGACGCUGCCGCCGCCGCGGACCGCGGUUCGCGCGCGCGCACGUUGCAGCUCAGCCUGGAGCGCCUCGGCCUGCUGUCGGGCCGCGGCGCACAGGGGCCGCUGCGCCCGCGGCGGCGGCCGGGCGAACUGACGGUGCACGUGGCUGGGGCGCAGUGGCGCGAGGAGGGCGGCUGCGCGGCCGAGGUGGCAGAGGUCUUCGGCGAGCUGCUCGCGCGCCUGGCCUCGGGCGCGGACGGCGUGGGCCACGUGCCAGAGCCGUCCGUCCUCCGCGCUUACAGGCGCCUGGGCGCCUGCUACAGGAUGCUCUUCUGUCCUGGGUCCGACCACAACCUCCUCGCCCUCGCCCGCUCGGUGCGCAUCGCCCUGGUCGGGCCCAGCGCGGUGCGGGGCGCGGGCGCCGGCGCCGCCGCGGAGGAGGUGGCGGUGGGCAGUUGCGGGCUGGAGGUGCUGCACCGCGGCGACCUAUACCACGAGGCCGCACUGGCGGGCCCCUGGGCGGAGCCCGACGUCACGAUCGCGUUCCAGCCCGGCAUCUGGGGCUACGACAGCUGGGAGCCGUCGGUGCGUCGCGCGCUGCUGGGGUUCGCGGCGCCCCUGGUCGUCACGAGCUACAACGAGGCAGAGGCCGACGACGACCAGGGCAGCCUGGAGGACUUCGGCUGGGGGCCGGGUUGCUGGGCUCCGCCUGGCUGGCCGCCGGAGCCGAAUCCCGAGGCGGCGCUGGCCGAGCGGCCGAGCUCGGUGCAGGGCCGCCUGCUCCGGGAGCAGCACUGGUGGCAGUGCCUCGCGGCGGCUGGUCCUGAGGAGGCCGCGGCGCCGCCUCUGGGGCAGCCGCCCGCUGGUGCCGGGCCGCCCGCCUGA